GAUGCAUCGCAUAGAACAAUAGCGAAGGGCGAUUUUCGACAUGGCAUUGUUGCGGGGGUCGUCACAAAGAACAUGCAAUUCAGAGUAGUUUCUUCGAAUACCGUUUCUGAAGAAGGAAUCGAACAAGGAGAAUAUACCGGAAGACAGGAAAAAAUAUAUAUAUAUAUAAAAAGGACGAAAUACCAAGAUAAAAAGAAAAAACGUAUAAUCCCUAAGAGAAAAAACAAAGAAAAUAUAAAUUAUGAAAGUAAUAUUUCUAAUAGCGAAACGUUCUAUACAUGUAAAGUAAAGUCUGGUAAAGAGUGCAAAGUCAGCCGCAUCGAUCUUACUAAUAAAUUUCAGGCCUAUCAAACCGAUAUACUCAAAAAAGCAAAAACCGAAGAUUUUUAUCUUGAUAAUUAUUUAAUCUAUAUAGAAGAUUGUUGGUCAAGCCUUCAUAGAAAUUCAACUGGGUAUCUUGUGCCUGGUCCAAAAACGCGAGUAUUGGUUGUUAAUAAUCAAAAUUAUUGCAUUUAUAUAACUAAUUUAAUUG